GUAGGAUAAAUGGAAAACGAUCCAACGGUUAAAAAGCACACAAUAAUUUGACCGUUGAGGAGAGAACGUUGUCUCCAUCAGCUUCAAAAAGAGGAUUUUCAUUCUCAUUCCUAUUCAUUCAUUCAUUCAUUCUACAAUCACAAAGAGAGUGUGAGGGUGAGAACAACACUGUUUGAUUCUACCCUCAAGAAUCAUACAAAAUCAUCAUCAACAACAACAAUAAGAAGAGAUUCUCAAUGGCUUCAAGAAUUGUUUCUCAACAACAACCCAAAGGUGAUGCUGUAGUGGGGGGAGGGAAACCAGUGAAGAAGAACGGUGCAGCAGGUGAAGGAAGGAACCGAAGAGCACUUCUUGAUAUUGGAAAUGUGGUCACUCUAAAAGGUGUUGAAGUCAAGCCAAAUCGCCCUGUCACAAGGAGUUUUUGUGCACAAUUACUUGCCAAUGCUCAAGCAGCAAAAGCUAAUGAGAAUAACAAGAAACAGACUUGUGCCAAUGUUCCUACUGCUGCUGUUGAUGGAGUUGCAGCAGUGGCUAAAAGAGUGGCCCCUAAACCUGCUGUUCAGAAGAAAGUCACUACAAAACCAAAGCCUGUUCUGAAGGAAGUCAUUGAAAUCUCAGAUGAAAAGGACAGUGAAGACAAGGCUGUGCACAAGAAAAAGGAAGCAGAUCUUAAUUCUAAGAAGAAACCAUCACGUACUCUUACUUCUGUUCUCACAGCCAGAAGCAAGGCUGCAUGUGGUUUGACUAACAAACCAAAGGAAAUUGUUGACAUUGAUGCUGGUGAUGCUAACAAUGAACUUGCUGCUAUUGAAUAUCUUGAAGAUAUUUACAAGUUCUAUAAGAUAGUUGAGAAUGAGAACCGUCCACAUGAUUACAUGGACUCACAGCCUGAGAUAAAUGAGAAGAUGAGGGCAAUACUCAUUGAUUGGCUAGUAGAUGUUCACACCAAAUUUCAACUUUCACCAGAAGCCCUUUAUCUCACAAUCAACAUAGUUGAUAGAUUCCUAGCUGUCAAACUUGUGCCAAGAAGGGAACUUCAAUUGGUUGGCAUCAGUGCUAUGCUGAUGGCAUCAAAGUAUGAAGAAAUCUGGCCACCUGAGGUUAAUGACUUUGUGACCCUCUCAGAUUAUGCUUACACUCACGAACAAAUUCUUAUCAUGGAGAAAACCAUCCUAGGCAAACUUGAAUGGACAUUAACUGUGCCUACACCUUUUGUGUUCCUUGUCCGUUUCAUCAAAGCGGCAUCCAUGUCAUCGGUGUCAUCUGUGUCCGGUGUUCCUUCUGAUCAAGAACAAGAACAGCCUUUGGAGAACAUGGCUCAUUUUCUAUCUGAAUUGGGGAUGAUGCACUAUGCUACCUUAAAGUAUUGUCCAUCAAUGGUUGCUGCUGCAGCAGUUUUUGCAGCAAGGUGCACUUUGAACAAGAGUCCUGUUUGGAAUGAGACACUGAAGAUGCACACUGGUUACUCAGAAGAACAGUUAAUGGAUUGUGCUAAGUUGUUGACUAGUUUUCACUCUAGUAUUGGGAAUGGAAAGCUGAAGGUUGUCUAUAGGAAGUACUCUGAUCCUCAGAGAGGUGCUGUUGCUGUGCUUCCACCAGCAAAGAAUCUGUUGCCUGCUGUUGGUUCUGUCUAGAUAAGUUUGAUGAUAAUAAACAAAGGAAGAUGCAUGAGUUUUGGUUUUAUGUGGGGGGGCACAGCAAUAACCAUUUGUUAUUGUAUUCAUUAGUUUUGAUUGUUUGGAUUUUUUUAAUAGCAGUUGUUGUAAUGUGAUCGAAAUUUCAUGUAUAAACUUCCUCAUUUUUCUUGGUUUUCUCA